GUGAAAGAGCACACGGGAUAGUGCCGCAGUCUGAAGAAUGGAUUAAAUGACCGAGGGAGACUAUUAAGGUUCGGAUAGCACUUAUUCGCCAUGUAUAGGAUGUACUGAGAUAAUUUCAAUCACAUUAUACAGUUUAUUCACAUAUACAUUAAUUGGAAUUUAUAAAUAUGAUGGUCUCAAUACAAGUUCUGGUAAUAUUAUACUUGAAUUCACUCAUAUCACUGUGUAUAGCAGUUAAUCCAGACGAAGAGAGUUGUAUUGCUUACGAAAGCACCUAUCACAUCGACAGAGCGUGUGUAUGUGUCCUCUACCAAAGUGAUGCUGGGAUCACGUACGAUGGCUACGGAGGAAUAUUUCAAUCACCAAAUUAUCCGGCAGAAUAUCCAGAAAACACGAACUGUAUUUUAUACACAUUCAUAGGAAAUGUAGGGGAAAUAGUAGAAUUGACAUUUAUAGCCUUUGAUCUGCAGAUGCCAGAUAAAAAUAAUAGGUGUGAGGAUUUCUUAAGUUUUUUUCUCAAUCUACCUCGUCCAGAAAUAAAUGAACACAAUCACCCAGAUUAUAAACUCUGUGGCACGAUGGAGAUGAUUCAAAAAGUGUAUUACUCCUCGGGCAGGGCACUCAUAUUGGAAUUUCAUACGAAUUCAUAUAACGACCGGAAUACGGGGUUCCAAGGCCGGUUCAAAUUCUUAUCAGCUGAUGAAUUCGUCACGAAUGGAAUCAAGCAAUACGGGACGCAAUGUACAUACAUAAUGGCGUCAAGUCAGAGAAAAAAGGGAAAAUUCUUUUCACCGCAGUACCCACAAAACUACCCAGCAGACGCCGAGUGUCAGUAUGUGUUCAAAGGAAUGCCAGAGGAGCAAGUGGUUGUGACGUUUGAAAAUAUCCAACUGGAAAGAUUGGUCGGGAGGCUGCCUUGGGAUAGGAGAAGAUGUAUAGCUAGUCCUGACCACAUUACCAUCCGUGAUGGCGUCAACAGUUCCAGUCACAUGAUCAUACAACACUGCGACACGAGAAACAACGUAGAAUCCAUAUCAUCCGGACCGUACCUUUUUGUUCAGUUUCUGGCCGACAGCAAAAAUCAGAGGCAGGGAUUUUCAGCGACAUACGAAUUUUUGAGCCAGCAACAAAUGCGGGAACGAACGCAGAAAAAGAUUGAUCUGUUAUACCCAACAUCAGCAACGGACCAAGUUACCAACUGCAACCAAGUGAUAGUCAGCACACGGAAUAAAAAUGGGACGAUCACCUCCCCGAACUACCCGAACACGUACCCCUCAUACUCGUCUUGCCGGUACACGUUUCAGGGCCAGGGGAAGGAGAGGGUACAAAUCACAUUCACAGACUUUGAUCUCUACUACACACACUCUGACAGGGGCAACCCCUCCGACUGUCAGGGUGUGGAUUCUGUGAAAGCAGCCACGUUCAUCUCCAAUGAGAACGUGGAGAUGAGUACAUACUGUGGUGCCAAGAUACCCCCCAUGCUAAUGUCCAGUGACUUGGAGCUAAGUCUUACAUUCACAAGCACAUCCACUGCUGUCGGAGUCCGAGGAUUCAAAGCAAAAUAUAGUUUUGUCACAAAUUUUGGUAUAACCGGUGGAAGACAGGAUCCACAUAGUGUCUGUGGUUUUAUAUACCGAAGUAAAUCUACUCGCAACGGGACGUUUGCUUCGCCCAACUACCCUGGUCUCUAUCCAAGGAACACAGAAUGCCAGUACUUGUUUUACGGCGAGAAAAACUACAGAGUCCACAUCAAAUUUUUAGACUUUAGCGUGGAAGGAAUGUUAAAGGAUUGUGCGGAGAGUUCAUAUAGUGACUACGUCGAAUUUUCUAACAUUGCAAAUGUCCAAAAGAACAAAAAGUUACUUCGUUAUUGCGGGGUAAGAAUGAGCCAAAUCUAUGAUGUUGAGUCAGAGGGAGAAUUCUUCCGGGUGACAUUCAAGUCCAACAGCAUUUACGAUGCAACAGGAUUUAAAGCACGGUAUGAGUUCAAACGCUAUGAUGACUCUGGCGUUGAGCAGGUAAAAGUGAGUGGCAGAGGACCCUCUGUGCACCAGAAUGAGGAGGGAUCAGAUCCAUCGACGACAAAAAGAAUCAAAUCAUCGGCAGACAUCACGAAAUCUUCAGGACUCUUUUCGUUAGUGUGUAUCCUUCUUAUAUCCGCCAUCAACUCAUGACAGGUGUCGUGAAAUCUCGCAAAAACUGGUUCUCAUUUAAAAACAGUUUUACAAGGUCAGGGUCACUGUUAGAUGUCAUGGUCAUCACUACUGAAAGUCAAGGCCAUCCGGUAUGACCUCUUGGAUAUGCAACCUGCAAUGAAGGCAACUUUCAUCGUAGAACUUGAAGAAUCUGCUGUUGGGGACUAUAUGUCAGCUGUGAUAGAGAGGAACUGAUGGAGGAGGCGAAAACAGGAACAGUCAAGAUAUAAGAGGCAAAAUGUAUCUGUUUUCUAAGUGCAAUGUUCUCUAUUGCAAUGUCAAUGAAUGUGGGAGUUUGCUUCUGGGUGGCCAUUUGGAAAUCCGACUUCUGACUUUCAGGCGCAAGGUAAAAUGUAUAUAUCAAAAUCUAUGAUGGCCUCUGAAGUCUGAGUGACAAUUUAACCUCCAAUGUCGCCAGAUUACAAGCCCUCCAACUGCAAUACUUAAGCCUCAUCUAAAAUGUGGCCUCUGAAUUGCAGUGAGAAUGUGGUCUCAAAACCUUAUUCGGAGCGGUGAAGUCAUCCCUGAAGGUGGGGACUCGUACUCUGACUGUGUGUUAUUCUCCAGUUACUCAUAAAGUGCAAUGUCACAGAUACCGAACUGAUUGAUUCGUUUUUACUGAUAAUCAGUUUGUGACGCGGUGAUUAGAUAAAGCCGUCAAAUCAUCAAUAUUGCUCUUCUGGCUUUCAUAACUUUUGUAAGAUAACUUUGAAAAAUUCAGGCCCUCGUGUUCCCUUUUCGAUGUUUCAAUGUAUUGCCGGUUAUCCUUCGAGGAGGUUUCUCUCCUCAAAAUAAAACAAGAGAAGUCUUAUUUCAUGAAAAAAGAUCCGAGGUAACCAUGCAUUAGAUAUUGAACAGGAAAACAUGAGGUAAUGGGCAAUAAAUAUCAAUAUAGCUUAAUACUGAAAGUAGUCAAAAACCGGCUGAGCAGAUGUAUACAUACUUUUCCCUUAACUGCAUUAUCGAUAGUAAUAGAUGUUUAGAAUUGUACAUGUAAAACAGUGCCAGCAAAAGUUGAAAUAGAAGAAGAUUCUGAUAAAAUCCUAUCAUGUUGUAAAUACUGGGAGAUGACAUUCAGAAAUUCUUUGUUGUCCUGUGUUCUGAAUUCUGAGGGGGGUGCUCGUGAUAUCCAUCGAAACCUUGAUACUGGUACUUUCUUGCAUAUCUCUAUUGGACAACAAGUGCCCUUUUUGGCGUCACAAAGUUCUGAUCAUUAUGAGCGAAAGUUUUUCUCAGUGGACUCACAAAGGAAUCUUUUCAAACUUCAAAAUGCUUCUCUCAUGAAUAAGAUGUCUAAAUGUGCCUUAGUCCAGGCUUCCUAGUCCAAGCUCCCUGGUCCAAUGGUUGUGGCCUCUUUCGACUUAAAGUGAAACUCAAUUUUGAUGAAUCUGCUUUUCAAUGUCUCAACUAUACGAGACAGUGUGUUCCAAAAAAGUUGUGUCCGAAACGUUUCUUUUCGUAACGAUUGCAAAUUCCUAUGCUGAUCCUGCUACAAAUGACAUUCAACUCCACUAUUCUCAGGUGUACAUUCUGAGGUCGAGAUUUUGUUUUUAUGGGUUGUCCGCACAUUCACCAUGAGAUAUGGUAGGCCUAAUAUGUAUGUAUAAAAAAUGAAUAUAUUCCAUCACUAAAAUGCUCAUUUUGAACUGUACUGAAAAAAUGUGUUCAUUUUUACAAAGUGGGUCCUUUAAUGGUCAAUUCAGUGCUACUAAGUCUUCAAAUUAUUGGUAUUCAGCCACAUCCAUGUACGCACUAUAGGCCUAAACCCAUGAUGCAUUCUGGCACCAGUACUUUUCAAUAUACUCCGCCUCUCGAUAUUUUGUACGCGCCGUAUAGGAGUAAAAACCGCCUGAUCUCAGGAUGCCCAUGAUGUGGCUAAUUUUCAAUGGAUGCAUGUUCUUUUUGGCCACAGAAUCACUGUUAGACUUAAAAUACAUUACGAAAACAUCAUGCCUAUUUGUUGGGGACUAAAAAAAGAAACGAUUGACCGGUGCACCCUUUGAAUUUGUCGGUUAGAGAAGGGAAUAGUCCCAUCUGCCUCAAUAGGGUGUAAAGCAUUGUUGUGUUUUUGAUGUGUUGGUUCCUAGUUGAGAUUUUACACGUAAGAAUACAUCUAGGCAUGAUGUUCCUAACGUUAGCUGUCAAGAUACAUAACCCCUUAUAUAGGCCAGCAAAUGCUGUUACUGAAAACGUCAUGUACAUUUUGCAUAUGGUAAUCAUGUACCAAACUCAAGUAAAAGCAUUUAUUACAUGUAGAUCUUGUAAAUGGAGUUUACUAAUAAGAAUGUUUAAUGUAGACUCUUAAUAAUUAAGGGUUUUGAGCUUUUGAUUACAAAUAUGCACCCAAUAGUGUUUUUUAGUGAUGUGAAAACACCCAAAAAGAUACUUAAAGCUUUUUUUCGAUGGAAAACCUGCCAGAGUGCAUAUUGGUAUUAGCCGAAAAGCCUGUUAUGAUUUUUCAAAUGUUCAAAAACCUUUAUUUCUAAGAGUGUAGACUGUGUAAUUUUGUACACAGAAAUACUGUGUUAUGGUUAUGUAAAGCGUCACAAACUUUUAUGCAUGGUAUUCAUGCACUUUUAAGCUCGCCACAUUUUAACCUGGAUCAGUAAAUCUGAUUAGCUUCCAUGUAGCAAUUUGGGUGUAUUUUAAUUUCAUUGUCUACGACGGUUCGGUACUUUAACUCAACGUUUACUUCAUGUGCCAUGAUUAUGAAGUGGUACUUUCAGUUCAAGGGCUAAUGGCUUUCACUUGACACAGAUCUUCAGUCUUUGAAAGUCAACACCAGUUACUCAUGCGCCUUUGGUUCUCUAUACAUCUGUAUAAUACAACUGUGAUCUUCGAAUGUUGCUUUAAUGUUGCCUGCGUCAUGAAAAAAGUAUAUGGCUGUAAAAUGUUGCUGUGCUAACUUACCGGGAUCAGCGAAAGUCUUAUUGUUUAUAUCACUGAAGACAAAAAAAAUAUGUUUUUCAUAAAAUUAUUGGUUUAUUUGUUGUUAUUACGUAUAAUUCUGAAAAUAGUUGAAAUACCUUUAUCUCUCAGAAUCAAGUCAACCUGAAUGUUAAUGGGAAAAGUAAGGCCAUUAAGUAUAACGUUGUCCGCAAUAUGCAUAUCUGUCUUUCAUGAAGUGAGACUGAUUUUCACAUUCGCCUAAACAAAACUGUUUAUCUACAUUAUCUUUAGCACUAUCAAAUGGCAUACGCUUGAAUUGUGUUUGCCUUGAAUACCGCCUUAGACUGCAUUAUAUUUAGUUUUUAGAGUUUAAUAUUGCGCAUAUAUAGACUAAGCUCCAAAAAUUCACGAUAUAUCGUUGAGAACUAUAGCCUUAUACAUGCACUCCAUUUACUGUCGUAAGCUAUCGGAAAUUCACUUGAAUUCAUUUCACUCUAUGUUUCCAAACCUCAUUAUGUUACCCAUCGAAGCGCUGCGAAACUCACACCAGUAACCGUUAGUUACAUGAACUGUAGUACGUGAGGUGGGCGUCAACUGUAAAGUUAGACGUUGUGUCAUUACUUGCAAUAAUCUCAAACUUGGUUUGUCCGCGCGAUCAAAAUAUUUACUUGAUAUGUAAAUAGUUGUAAGGCUUAUUAGUGCUGGUCCCCCUGAGAAAAUCUGUGUUUUCCUACAAUAAUUUUCUCAUGUGGCUCAUGUUAAAGCUAUCAAAUCAAAUGCUUUCAGUUCGGUGAGUUGUCAGCAAUAUCGUUUCGAAAUGACAGGUACAGUAUAGAUCCAUUAAGAUGUAACAUAACUUCGUGCGAUAAAAAAUAACUCGCAUAAAUGAACCUGCCUUCAGAUCUAGGUAGGAAGCGAUCGUAGAAUUAUGUUUUAUUUAAGCUUUAAUGCUGGCCAGGGGUAGUUACAGUAUAUUCGUAAAGGAUGCAUCAAACUAGAUAAUAUAAUUAUGCUGUCUUUGACAACUGUUAACUUGUUAACUUGUUGCUUAUAACUUGUUACUCAGCAACCCAAAUUACAUAGCAAUGGUCGCUGUUUUAUUUGCCAAUUUUUUAUAUCUUUCUUUGUUGUCCUUGGAAGUGGAUCACUAUGACAAUCAUAAUGUGUUUCACUGUCAAAAUGACAUAGCAUGUUAUCAAUUUUUGCAUCACUUCGAAUGAAAAAAUGCGAGUCGUUGGCAACGCCGCCGGCCUAAAAAAUGGACAGAGUAUUUCACCAUUGCGUCAAAGUACAUUGUACAUGUACAUCAUACUAAUUCCACAGCACGCCAUACUGAUUGAUAUUAUUACUGGACAUAUCACGAUAACACUUUGCCACUCAACUACGUGUAGCUUGUUGGAAAAUACCUUGGUGCGGGUUUUCGCCAACCAUAUAGCUGUUUCCUUAUUGUUGUUCCUGGUCAACAUAGGUCAGAAGUUUCGAAGAACAAAAUUUCGUCGUCUUCAGUAAACAACAAAAAUCAUGGGUUUAAAUAAUCGGACGAAUGCGCUGUCACUGAAAUGAGCAGCAUCUAAUGAUUUUCACUGGUGGUGAUUUGAAAAAAAAAGAUGCUCGAUUUCCAUAGGCAGUAGACUUGAUCCGGCUGUGUGACACACCACGAUGUCCGUGGACAAUGCGUAAACACUCAUGCGGGGAUGGAAAACUGCUGUGAUGAAUAUCUUCCACAAUCUUAGUUCUUGGGAUCUGGAGAGAUUUAUCAGAACAUUUUAGAUAAAGAUUAUACGUUUCAGCAGGUAUUGGAUUCAUCGAUUGGUAUUUUAAAUGUGAACCUGUUAGUUCAAUUCACAGCAUGAGCAUCGAAAGAUUUCGUGUACGUAAAAUUGGCGAAAAAAUCAUCUACGACAAAAAGAUACGGAAUGUAUUCUCUGUUCUAUCAUACAAUUAUUAUCAAUUCACAGUGUCCGCAUUAAGAGAUAUAUUGUAAAUGAAUCCCUUGAGGUUUCAACAGGUAUAUAAAUCGUAUAGUCCUUUCUUUCUAGAGAAUUGACAAUUUAAGUUGUGCUGUUUUAAUUUCUUUAAGGGCUUUUUCCUUAUGCGACGUAUUUUAGGUUAUUUUAAAGGAACAUUGACGGCGAUUAGCAAUGUAUACAUUCACUUGUAAUUAAAAAGGCGUCGGUCCCAUGCGACCCGCGACUUAUAACCCUCUCAAACAGUACAUGUAUUUUGUCUAAUUCUGCAUUGAAAAAACAACUUCGAUUAGAAAUUGUGAUUGUGUUGUAUACCGUUUCACUUUUGGGCCGAUCAUUUUGGGUCCUGGAGCACAAACUACUUAGUUGGAUUUCUUUGAAGUUAGGUUUUUAUUUAUCCUAGCUUCGCGAAGAAGUAAUCAAGUUCUUUACUAACGAUACUUAAACCCGAAAAUCCUGUUUUGCCGCGAAGCUAAGAUCUAUAAAAACUCAAACUUGAAGGAAAUCCGCCAGUACUUCGCUCUCCAGAGCCCCAAACGAUGUGGGCAAAACUUUUACAAAUGGACUAUAAUCAUGCUGCUGUGCGAUGAGAAAAAAAUGUGUCCAAGUGUAGGAUUUUCUUUAAAAUUCCUCUGACUGUUACGACAUUGUACACAGUAAUUGUGUUUUUAUGUAUGGUUUCUUUAAUUCCUCCAGUUGAGUGCAUGCAACUGCAAUGACUUUACAUUCUUUGCGUCCGUGUCUAUACCCAGUUUAUGUUCAAUUUAAUUCUGAUUAAUAUAGUAUGUAGAUUCGUUUAUCAAUAGAUUAAAUCAUAUGCGUCAAGAAAUGGACAAAAAUAUCAUCAACUAAUACAGCUUCGAUAAAAAACAUCUUCCUGAUUUUUAAUGGGUAUAAUGUUUUAUUGGGUUAUUUGGGUCAAUCGGCCGCAACUUGUCGCGUCUUACGAUGAGGAACAUGCCACCUAUUUAAGGCAAAUUGUGAUGUAAUUUAAGAUAUCUUUUGAAGCGCAUUUUUAUUCUCACUACGUCAGCGCCGGGCAUUCGAUAGUAAACACUUCUGUUACGCGGCUAUAUUUUCAAAGAACAAGACCUCAUUCUGUUGUUGCUGUUGUAGAACUUUUUUGUCAUGAUUGAAAUCAAACGCUUUUUAACACAACUACGCUAAAGGGGUUCCUCCAAUAAAAGGGAGGACAUUGCUGGUCAGGUGGACAUAGAAAACAUUUAAAAUAGCUGAAAGCUAAGCCGCAUAUAUCCACAAGAUCUUUUACUUGAGAUUGUCUACAGUUUCACCAUUUGAUCAUACCAGCUUCGCGGCUGUUGCCGUUCCCGCAACUCCCCGUGAGAAGACUUGCAGUGAACAGAAUGAACUUGAGGGUAAUUGGUGACCUUAGAACGCCUCUUGCUGAAUGAAAGACUGAAAUUUGGGUGUUAGGCGAUGUCACAAUCUUCCAUCUUCAUCUUUUUAUGUUAUACAUGUAUUUGACGAAGCAGGAAAGCUGUUACAAAAGAUUUCGAUUGAUAUGUACACUGUAUUUCGUAUUUCUUAUUUCGUAUUUCGUAUUUCGAAUGAUCCUUCUGGGCUUUCGUAGAUAUGCAAUACUGGUAAAGGAAAAAUUGUUUACACUGUUAUUUCAGACAUCGUAUAAUUUAGGCUGUAAUUUCAUUUGAUGAGUACCUAUAUGGCCCAAUUGCACAGCGGUUAAAUGUUGUAUAUGAUUAAAAAAAAUUAACGUUAUACUGGAGUCAAUCAAGGCCAAUCAGCAGCGUUGCUAUAGUCCAAAGGAAUGGGCUUUUUCACAUUAUUUGUUACUUCAUUCUGUUAGUUUUUGAAUAGUUUGUUUCUUACCCACUGAGGUCAAGGGAGUAUAUUGGGCUUUGAGUGAAGAGGACAAUAAAAGACGUACGAGACCAACCAUCAUUGGCUGCUGUGAUUAUACCAGGUCAUACUGUCAAUGUUUUCUGUUGCUUAUUCGCUCAAAUCAAAGAUGUUUUUCAUUGGCAACAUUAUCCGGAAUAGUGGUUAUUACCACCACAGAAUUUCUAUUGAACCCUAAAUCUAGAUAUGCAUUUAUUCAAUAUCAAAAUUAUCAUCAGUGGAUCAAGAUUCAAACUGUGUAACAAUGACUGGCGGCUAAGUUGCUGCGAGCAGUUCCUGUCAAAUAUUUUAUACGCUUUCAAAUCUAUGCCGGCAUGGAAUAUCAACCAGUUUGGCUUUUUUAGAUUGACAAUUGUAUGACCAUGUUGUAAAGUCACAGCAAUUGAUUUCUGGCCUUAAUAUAAGUCACAGCACUGACGAAAUCGAUUUCUCAGAUUGUUAUAAUAUGUUUUCUGGCAAUUUAUAUAUCAACUCACAGCCAUUAAUUUUUGGCAGUGUUAUAUAAGUCGUAUAUAAGUCUAAGUCGUCGCAGCAAUUGAUAUCCGGAAAUAUUAUUAAGAUGACAGUACUAGACUUUAUUAUACACAGGUCAAACAUUUCUGUUAUCAACGGUCAUGAUAAAUUUAUACAGAUGAACUGCACAAUCACUCUCCUGUCAAAUAUGUCUACAAUCAAUUAGUUAUGAAAAACCAACCAUUUUGUAUUAAACCAUACAAGCAGACUCUUCCCCAACAUUGAAAACACUUGGUGUAAAGUGAUGAUUUUAUUUUCACAAAAGAGUUGUUGCUUCUUAUAAAUCUUCUCCGUACUCAUAAUUAAGUUGCUUGUGAUAUCAAGAUUUUAAUUGCUUUGGCGAAAAAUGUGUUCCAAAAUGUGUAUAGAAACAUACAGGCCAACCAAGUCCACAUCGCCUAUCAACAAUAAUUAUCAGCAUUUUUAAUAAUUUCUACGAAUGUCCUAAACUGUUGCACUUUCCUCCGUUUACAACAAGAAGAAUUGUGAUGUGCUCAUUCUUGUCAAUGUCAGCCCUGCUAGGGUGUACAUAUACAUGUAUAACUACCACGUGCAAUGAAGCAUCUUCCUAGCGAUAACGAGUUGUAUGACAUCACAAGUGAACUGUUUUGUCGUUUAUCGUUGGUUGUCCAGCAUUGAUGGCCUGAAACGACCUAUAACUUACUGAUGCCAUCUCUUAAUUGGAUUGCCUAAAUCUGGAACCCAAAGCGUGGCGCUUAUCACAAGAACAUGUUUAUAUACGUUGUCAUAUUCGUGAUAGUAUAUGAACUGCCAUUAAUAAAGCUCUGAAAUCAGUUCAGGAUUUUUGCGGGUCGUGAUUUUUGCCAUUUUAGUCAUUAUAGGACGCAUCAGUGUCAUGAAUAUUUACUUACUUCUAUUUGUACUUUCUUUAUAAUCACCGCAUCGGAACAGUCAAAAAGGAACAUUUUGCAUGUUAUUUUGCCACAACAGCAAGGGGUGGAUAAAAAUCGUACAUAAGCUUGUUCUUAGGGCGUCCCACUUACUGAAAUGCCCAGGCAUCCAACUGCCUGCAUAUUCAGAUAUUCCAGUGACGUUAUUACUAUAUUGCUUGAAGGUUGUAGUCUUGUCAAAAACCGACGUUAUAGUCGAAUUACCUAAACAUUUUCCAAUGCAUGCUGUUGUAACUGAGUUGGGUUUUUCGUUAUUUUUGAGAACCUGAUUCAGAAAGUCAUACAUUUGCAAUGGUGUUGCAUACAUAUAGUCAAUUUGUGUUCUUUUAUUGAUAUUUAGGUACACAUUGGUCGCGACCUUCACUGAAAUUUGGCUGGGCACCUGACCUAACUCUAGUUGUUGAUACCAAAUCCCCGAGACCGAGACCGGCAGACUAAGCUGAAGCGUCUCUUAACAAGUUUUUCCAUGCUGUAAUCGCAUUACUUGUGCAACACCGGUAUAUAUAUAAAGCUUGGAGGAACCAAUCAUGCAUGUCGUGUGAUAUGCAUGUAACUAUAUGGAAAUUUUCUCCUGAAUGCAAGGCCUUUGAGAAAUUGUACUUUACAAGACUAUUGUGAUCGUCAAGGAAGCCUCCGGGGAAGCCCACCGACUUUCCCAAAUUCCUUCCUGACAAUGUCAAUAUUCGUCAAAAAUAGGUCAAGAAGACAAACUCUACAAGUCCAUCAUGUCACUAGAUCAUGCUGAUUUCUUACUGCCCCAUCGCAGUUUACUUCGAGUUCUUGUUUUUGUAAGUGCUAUUAUAUAAUACAUAUAUACAAAGAAAGUGUACAUAUUUCUCUGUAUCGAUGACCUGCAUAUUAGUGUAGUAUAGUCUGCUGUUCUUUUGUUAUGAAAGGGUUUCAAAACCUUGAAUAAAGCAAUCUGAUUUUCUUAA